GGCUCUGGGAACGUUGUGCUCUGGACCGCCGAAAGGACCAGCUCCACGCUGGGAGUACAGCCAGCCAGUUUAUAUAUAUACAACAUUUGGCCUGAAGUGGCCAAAAGUGUGACAAACAGAACGGAAAGUUAGCAUACUUUUGCGAGUGACGAUUUGGCCAAAUCGAAUUAUGAAGCUCUCUGACACCAUGGCCACGCCAAUAGAAGAAAAACUCGAUCAAAACCUGAAGGUGCGAACUGGUAUGGUCCAUGUGAGCGAUGGCAAGAGCAGACCAGAACCCCUGCGACUUAAUCUUACAAUGGAGUUGCUUUCGCUGCAGAAGUUGGAAGUUGUUACGCCCAGUAGUUGUCAUCCCAAUGGACCGCCAAUGGAAUCGAAGGAACGUAUGGUUCAAAUUACGCGUCAAAAGCAGGGCGGCCUAGGACUGAGCAUAAAGGGUGGAGCCGAGCACAAACUACCCAUCUUGAUAUCGCGUAUCUAUAAGGAUCAAGCGGCGGAUAUUACGGGCCAGCUUUUUGUGGGCGAUGCCAUCAUCAAGGUUAAUGGGGAAUAUAUUACAGCGUGUCCUCAUGACGAUGCCGUCAAUAUAUUAAGAAACGCCGGAGAUAUAGUUGUACUCACAGUGAAGCAUUAUCGCGCGGCCACGCCUUUUCUUCAGAAACAAUUAACCAAGGACACGCCGGAUUCUGACAACGAUGCCACAUGUGCCGAACUGAAGGCAGACGAGGGCUACAAGUCCUCCGUCAAUAGUGGAACCAUAAGUCGUAGCUGUAGUCGCCCCAUGUCAAUUUGCUCGGAGCCCGAAAAACGAUGGACCGAUGUGGUGGCAGUACCCCUAAUGAUGGCCUAUGUGACAAGAUAUAUUUAUGGCACCGACAAACUGCGCCAAAACGCCUUUGAAGUACGUGGUCUCAAUGGCAUCACCACUGGUGUUAUACACUGCGAUGAACUGGCCAUACUUAGUCAAUGGCUAAAAUUGAUCACAGACAAUGUGGUGGGCCUUACACACUUACAAAUGAAGCUAUAUAAUAGAAAUUUUGCUGUGGGCGAGCGCAUUGAGUACAUGGGUUGGGUAAACGAGGGAGUGAUUAACAACAAUAUAUCCUGGCAGAGUUACAAGCCCAGAUUUCUACUGCUCAAGGGAACCGAAGUAAUGCUUUUUGAGACGCCACCAUUAAAUGUGGCUGGCAUCAGCAAGGCUUUGGUGGUCUACAAGGUCUAUCAGACCAUGUUCCGCAUCGUCAAGGAAUCCGAGACUGUGGAUAGUCGUCAGCAUUGUUUCCUGCUGCAAAGUUCGGGACAUGAGCCCCGUUACUUGAGCGUGGAAACCCGUCAAGAGCUUUUAAGGAUCGAAAACAGCUGGAAUGCGGCCAUUGUGACCAGUGUCAUAAAGUUGAGCCGUAAGACCUUUGCCGUCUCGCAUCAUGGAAAAAGUGGUGGACUCACUCUAGACUGGCAAGCUGGAUUUUCCCUAACUGAAGGAGCCGAUUCCGCUACGGUUUGGCAGUAUAAAUUCUCCCAGCUGAGGGGCUCGAGUGAUGAUGGCAAAUCCAAGCUAAAGUUGCAUUUUCAGGAUCACGAAAGUCGAGCAAUCGAAACCAAGGAACUGGAAUGUCAAGUCCUACAAAGCCUGCUCUUCUGCAUGCACGCGUUUCUCACGGCCAAAGUGGCCUCAGUGGACCCAGCAUUUUUGAGCUCUAUCCAGCAGACCUAAAUCAAAAUACUGACAAGGACUCACGGAUUCACAUUUAAAUGGUAUAUGGAAUAUUCGUAAAGUGCAUAGCAAAUAAUUCGAAUAUGAAUGUUGGACUAGGUAUCUCAUACAUGAUUGUCUGCUUGUACUUAUUAUAAACAAGUACGCGUAUAUAUGUAUGUAUGUUGAUCUGAAUGAUUGUAAUUGGAUACUGAUAUGGAUAUAUAUUUAUGGCGCUGAUAAAACUGAAAGUGAAAUCUCUUGGUGCAUUACAGUAAAUUUUAAGCAUACAUAAGGAAAUUACUUUAGGCAUUUUUCCUAUUACGUAGACUUGGUACUUAAAAAAAUUGACAACAAAUUUAUAUCGUUUAUAAUCGAUUGUUUCCCAAUGUAGCCUUUAUAGUUGAAUUACUUACCUUACUUACGGAACGAUGAAACCACAUAGGUCUGCCGAUAUACUGAAUGUCAGAAACAGAAACUUGUCGCUUUUGCUACGAACCGAAAGGCUUCGAAUGAGGGGCCUCAAAGGCUUUAUUCCGUGCUGUAUCCUCUAGAAAUAUUUCUCCGAAAGUUGAACGAAAAUUUAAUCGAAAUAUGAAGUAUGUUUUGUGUGCGCUCUCAAUGAAAAUUUAAUUUUCGAAACAAAAGAAAACGAAUGCUUUAAGGUCGGAUUAACUGUUAUUUUUUACUGAAAUAAUAGCUGAUGAUGUCAUAUUAGAUAUAUACCUUAUAAAAAUAUAUAUAUAACAUCCACCGAACAAAUCUCAAUGCACAGACGUAAUAUGAACUAGAUUUUAUAACUGUUAUACAUCUAAUCAGAGCCAGUUAAGUGAUUCCAUCAGACACUCACUUAGGUCAUUUGUCAAUUCAGAAAGUGUCUUUCAGUGGCAAGAUCGAUUUGUUGCUUAUGCAUAUUGCAUUGUAUUGAUUUUAGGCAUUAUUGCACAACAUACGUACAUCUACAUAUUUACGAAUUAGUUAGCGAAUCAUCGACGAGCACAAAGGAUCAUAUAUGUAAACACACAAAUAUCAAGUUGGCGCAUUCGCAAGACCCCCCAAACCCCUAACAGAAUAUUAUAAAAAAACAAAAAAAAUAUAUAUGUAUAACCCGCAUACCAAAGCAGAAAAACCAGAAUCAAAAAUAUUUACUGUACAUAUGCUUAGCUCUAUUGGGUUAGUAUCCGCUCUAUAGCACCAGAAAUGAAGUAUAUACCAUAACCGCAGACAUAAUACUUGCAUACAGUUCACAAGGCAAACCAAACUAGAUGUGCACCCUAAUCGCAACCUUAACCCAAACCCGACCAACAUACGUAAUCUGCAUACACCGCAACAUGUUAUACGAGUAUCAAUUACCAGGGAGUUAGACCUCCCCCAUCCGAACUAACCAUACAUAACAUAUAUAUUUUUAAUGCAAAGCUUACAUAGUGCUGUAUGAAGUGCGCGACAUACAAAUAUAUAUGCCAUAUGUACCCCAAAGCUAAGAAUACUACUCAAAAGCUGCGAUUCCGUAAGAGAGUUCAAUAUUUAUCUGGAACUGCGCUACUUGAUAAAAUUCAUCGAUAUGAAAAGCAUUUGUGUUGGUUUGGUUACGGUCCACUCCUUACUUUUAUACGUUACUAAUUGAAAUUAUUGUACAAGAAAAAACGAAUUCAAAUUGGAAUAAAACCCCAAAUAUCUAAUCAAGAAA